AAGUAGCAGCAUUCCUGACGCUCUCCCUGACGCCUCGCUUUGAUUUGCAAACUUCCAAAACCUCCGAGGGUCUACACACAAGGGUCCCAACCCAACCCAUCCCUCUUCCCUCUUCCCCCUCCGCCGCCACGUCCACUUCCGGACUCUUUUCCUCCUCCUCCUUAUAUUUAUACCCAUAUGGCCCUCCUUCAUUCAGCAAGAAACGAAUCGAGGACAGUUGAUCUUGUUACCUGUUUUGUAUGGUGUUCAGUGACAUCUCCCAAAAAAAACUUGAAAAUGUGGUGCCAAGGUUGGUUGCGUUCCUUAGCAAUACUACUAUUGGCUGCAUUAAGCCUAGAGCCUUCACAAGCUCUUAUAGGGAAAGAAAAAUCUGCUGUGUUUUUGUCACCUGAGUUUGUCCUAGGACCAGGAUCGGUAGUGGACAGUUACUACCAAGAUAUAGACUUUCCAAGGGGUCACAUUGCUCUCAAGAGUUUCAAUGCUGAAGUGGUUGAUGAGACAGGGUUGCCUGUUCCCCUUCAGGAAAUUUAUCUCCACCACUGGGUUAUUGAAAGGUACUAUCAGCGUAAAGGUGUGGAGGCUCCUGGAUCCAGUUCCAUAAAGGAGACCCACAAUCCAGAUUUCAUAACUGUAAGGAACAGUGGAAUAUGUCAAGAUAAUGUUCUUGCACAGUAUUUUGGCCUUGGAUCUGAAACGCGAAAAACAGCCACACAUGUGCCAGACCCUUAUGGAAUAGAAAUUGGUAAUCCAGUGGAAAUUCCUGAUGGGUACGAGGAGAAAUGGUUGCUUAAUGUUCAUGCAAUUGACACUCGGGGUGUGGAAGACAGGUUGGGAUGCGCUGAAUGUAGGUGUGAUCUUUAUAAUGUUACAGAGGAUGGACACGGUUAUCCUUUGAGUUCAGACUAUAAGGGAGGCUUGAGAUGCUGCUAUGAUAAGACACAAUGCAGAGUAAAAGAAGGUUUUGAAGGCAUCAGGAGAAGCCUCUAUAUGAAAUAUACAGUGAAGUGGGUAGAUUGGGACAGCUCUGUUGUGCCAGUUAAAAUUUAUAUAUUUGAUGUCACUGAUAAUUGGAAAAGUUCGAAUGCUUCAACAGUUCAUAGAGCAAGGCAUAAUUGCCGGGUGGAGUAUGAUGUAGGGUCUUGCAGCAUCACUGGUGAAACUGAGGAUGGUUGCGUUGAUGUAAAAAGGACAAGUUUGACUAUGCCAACUGGUGGUCAUGUCAUCUAUGGUGUUUCCCAUCAGCAUUCAGGAGGGAUUGGUUCUACUCUUUACGGAGAGGAUGGAAGAAUUAUUUGCUCUUCAAUACCAACUUAUGGGGAAGGGAAGGAAGCAGGAAAUGAAGCUGGUUACAUUGUUGGAAUGUCUACCUGUUAUCCUCAACCAGGCUCUGUCAAGAUAUCUGAUGGAGAGACAUUGAUUCUGGAAUCUAAUUACAGUAGCACCCAGAAGCACACAGGAGUUAUGGGGCUCUUCUACAUUUUGGUUGCAGAGCCAUCACCAAAUCCAUCGCUUCUCUUACAUUCUCCAUUUGAUAUGCAUGCAAACAGCAAAGUAUAUAAUUCUGUUUCGGCAGUAGCUUUGCUGGGGUUGGCAAUAGCUGCUGCUAUUGUUGUGGUUUAUCGUCGAAGGAAGGAAACAGAAUAUGGCUAUGAAGCUCUUGUCGUGUGAAGUUGUUUCUAAAUUUCUCUCAGUUUUUGUUAUGUAAUGUAGCUAAAAUUUAGUACUGCUUACAUGCUUGGUCCUAUACCAACAUAAAUAAUGUAAUCAUCUCCAGCAAUAAAUUUAAACCAUUUAUACUUUCUUUUUCUAAA